AUGAUUCCAAUUAUAUUUACAUAUAUUUUAACUACAUUCAAAAAUUUACACUAUUUAAAAUUUGGUUCAUCUUCAAUUUCUUAUCCACGAUUAUCAUUUUAUAUUACACGUCCAUUUAUUAUCUCACUGAAUUUAUUAGAAUUAUAUAUUAAUUUAGAAUAUUUUACUAAUUAUCUUUAUCUAUGUAAUAAAUGUUUUAAUCAACUUCAUACAUUUUAUGUUAAUAUUUUACGAAUUCAAUUUUCGAAUCAAAUAAUUAAUAAUACAGAAAAAUCAUCUAAAUUGAAAUGUUUUUCACUUUCCUCAAAAAUAGGUCAAUGUCAUAUUUAUACAUAUCCAUAUCAAUUAGAAUAUUAUGAUAUGAUAACAAAUAAUUUUUUAGAUGGAAUAUUUAAAUGUGUUCGUAAAAUAUUAUUAUUUGAUGAAUAUCCAUUUGAACAUGAAUUUAUUUUUCAAAUUUCAAAAUCAUUUCCAUUUUUAGAAAAAUUAACUAUAAUCAAUCGAAAACGAUAA